AUGGACAAUUUUUGGCUUCCCGAUGCACAUUUAUCUGGAGAAACUACAUUGUUUAAAAUCAAUAAAAUACUGUCAAUCAUUUUCCACAGUAUCACUUUUAUUUUGGGAAUUCCAGGGAACAGCUUAGUGAUCUGGAUUGCCGGAUUUAAGAUGAAGAAUGUCAAUGCUUUAUGGUUCCUCAAUCUGGCAAUAGCUGAUUUCAUAUGCUGUGUAAUUCUCCCUUUGAAAAUUGCAGACUGGGCUCUGAAUUUAAAAGGAGAUGAUGCCUAUAUAUUUUGUAAAGUCAGUACCGGUAUACUGUUCAUAACCAUGUGUGCUAGUGUAAAUUUUCUAGUCGCCAUGAGUAUUGAUCGCUGUGUAUCGAUAAUGUGGCCAAUUUGGUCUAAGAUUCAUAGAACACCAAAAUGUGUCCGCAACACUUCAGUAAUAAUUUGGAGUUUGAGUCUGAUCUUGGGUCUUCCUCAUGUGAUUUUUAACAAACUGUAUUUUGAUAUUUCAGAGUGUUCAGGAAAACUUGUGCUUGCCGUAUCUUCCUCUUAUAUUACCAAUAUGAAAAUCACCAGAUUGGUUACCAUGUUUGUGAUCCCUUUCACUAUCAUUAUAGUGUGUUAUUUGCUAAUAUUUUUGAAGCUUAAAAAAGUUAAAAGACCAAAUAAGUCUCAGCGACCAUACAGGAUUAUCACAGCAGUUGUGAUGUGUUUCUUUAUCUGUUGGUUUCCAUAUUACACUUGGCCAUUAAUACCAAUACAUACCAAAUUUUUGGAGAUAGGAAACACAGUGUAUGUAAUAUGUGCAUGUAUGGCUUACUUCAACAGUUGCAUUAAUCCCAUGCUCUAUGUUUUCAUUGGCCAAGACUUUAAAAAGAGAUUUAUGCAUUCAAUACCAUCCAGGCUCCAAAGUGCUCUCACCGAGACCUUUCAUGCGUGUCUCAGAAAAUAG